AUGUACAGCACAAAAGGCGCAACCCGCGUCCUGUUCUCCAACACACGGCGAUUCUCGACUGGCACCCAACUUAGAGCCCCCUCAGGCCUCAAGAUCAACCCCGAUAGAUUAUGGAACACACUACACGAGACCUGCGAAUGGGGUGCUGCUCACCGCUAUAACGAUGGCCCAACCGACACGGGUAUGGCUCGUCUAACCCUCACGGACGAGGAUGCCAGUGUGCGCAAAUGGUUUGCCACGGAAGUCCAGAAGCUGGGAUGUGCUCUUGUCGUUGACCAGAUGGGCAACAUGUUCGCGCGUCAGUCAGGUCGGCUGAACUCACCCGCUCCCAUGAUCGCAAUGGGAAGUCAUCUGGAUACCCAGCCUCGUGGCGGUCGGUAUGAUGGUAUUCUUGGUGUUAUGGCUGCAUUGGAAGUUUUGCGGACCAUGAAGGAAAGCGGAUUCCAGACUAACUAUGACAUCGGGAUAGUUAAUUGGACGAACGAAGAGGGAGCGCGGUUCCCUAAGUCCAUGUGCUCUUCAGGUGUCUGGGCUGGAGCAAUCCCUAUCCAAGAAGCUUGGGACCUACGUGAUAUUCACGAUUCCAGCGUGACCCUGCGGUCCGAGCUUGAACGACAUGGAUAUCUCGGCGACAUUACUUGCUCUAGCGAUCCGACGACCGGAUACCCCCUCGGAGCUCAUUUUGAAUUGCACAUUGAACAGGGACCGAUUUUACCAGAGACCGGUCGAUCAAUCGGUGUUGUUCGUGGUGCUCAAGGCUAUAGAUGGUUGACCAUGACCGUGCACGGAAAGGAUGCUCACACUGGAACAACGCCUUUCAGUGCUCGCCAAGACCCAUUGCUCGCAUCCUCUAGAAUGAUUGCUGCUUCACACGAUAUUGCCAAGAAGCACAAUGCGCUGGCUUCUACUGGCAUUAUCAGAGUUCCUUCAAACGCCUCCACUAACACCGUCUCAUCGCAAGUGACCUUCACACUGGAUAUCCGCCACCCGCAAGACAGUGUGGUGCAUGCUGUGCAGGAUGAAUGCCUUAAGGCCUUUGAUACUAUUGCAUCACAGGACGGAAAGGGUGUUUCGUUUGACUGGACAUUAGACACUGACUCUCCGGCUGUCAAGUUCGAUGACAACUGUGUGGCAUCCAUCCAGGCUGCUGCGGACCAGCUGGUUGGCCGUGAGAAGUCUAUGCUCAUGACUAGUGGUGCAGGUCAUGACACUGUCUAUACCAGCAAGCAUUGUCCCUCGGCCAUGAUCUUUGUUCCUUGCAAGGAUGGAGUCAGCCACCACCCCGCUGAAUAUUGCAGCCCGCAAGACUGUGCUCUCGGAACCCAGGCACUUCUCGAGGCCGUUGUGCAUUACGAUCAAUUCCGGGCGGAGAGUGAAGGACCGAAAUAG